AGUGAGAAAACGCUAUCUAGACCAUGAAGUAACCGGAUUUUGGCCCAAAGUAUCAUACCCUAACUCUUAAUAAGUAAACCCUAAGUUCUAAUUAUCUGAACUUUAACAUCUAAGCCCUAAAAUAGUGCAUUUAGUAUGUUGUAUGUAUGUUGAACAAUUAGAAAUAUCAAUUAUUCUAAUUAAACAGAUCUGGAGAUAUAGUAUAUAAAAAUUAUGAUGUACAAUUUAUUCUUUAGGAUAUAGUUUAUAAUAUCAUGACCCAAACUCCGGUUCAUUCGCGAUCUAGAAGUGUUUUCUUAUCAAGAAAUUUUCAUUCAUUUUUUUAACUCGAAAGAAUUCCGAUUGAUUUUUUCUUCUUUACUUUGUUUUAGUUGUUUGUGAGUAAUUGUUAGAACAUUCACAUCAAUGGUAUUUGAUCGAUUGCAAAUCCUACAUAAAACUUAAUAUGCAAUUGCAAACGGGAUUGCAUCAAUGUAGUAUACACUUGCAAAUAUGCAAGCUUGCAUUUGAUAAAAUUCAAUAUGCAAGCCAUGAAAACAAUAAUUUCUUUCUCCGGUCAUUUAUUUUUUAUUAUAAAAUGACUGGAAUCUAGCACAUAUACAAUUGUAAAUGAAUUACAGGCUUCCUCCAUCUCUUCAGGUGGGGUUACUAAUUUACUCAUAAGGAUAAUAAGAUGAAAAUAAGAUGAGUUGAAUUGUAUAAAUUGUAAGAUGAAAUUUAAAGAAAAACAUAUGUAAUUGCUUUUACGUAGAUACUUUUAGAAAAAGUUAUAUUUGAGUACAUCUGCAAUGCAUAUUUAGUAGAUGAGUGACCUACAAAAUUAAAAUACGGAACGUAUAUGUUAGAAACCGAACAUGAAAAAUUAGGGUUACCGAUUUGGAGCUGAGUCACAAACUAGGUCGCUCUCUUUAAGAAGUUCAUGGCACUGCCCUCGUUGUGCACGACAGAUUAUCAACUGGUCGCCUUCAGGAUAAAACAGCUCGUCUAAGGAUAUGAGAUCUUAAGCGAUCAUCAUGGUCCUCCCAUUUCCUGGAAAAUUCGGGUCUUAAGCGAUCUUUAGAUCCUCCCUUUUUCUGUCAAAAAGCUGUAUUUCUAAAGAUAUGUAUACCUCUACUAAGAGUCUAACAAGCAUACUUGUAUUGGCUAAAAUCAUUGAAAACAACCUAUAUGAAUUACUGUGUCUGGGUAUAAUGAUAUUAUACUUACGCUUCUAUACAUUCCUUAGUUGUUGCCUACCAAGAGAAGAAAUUCAAGGAGAAGCUGCAGAAGAUCCGUGAGCUAUGCCCUGAAGGUGCGCAGUGGUUGAAUGGAUAUGACCUAACUAUAUAGACUUUUCAUAAGGACGAAGGUACCAGGUGGGGGAUCGCCACAACGAACUCAAGUGAGAGUAUCAACUCCAUCUACAAGGUUGUUCAUGCACUGCCAAUCUCUGUCAUUAUUGAUAUGACAUUCUGGAGAACACCUAUGACUCAAUUUACCCUUCUUAUGAAAUCGAAGAAUACCACUCCAUGGUGAUACUUUAAGGAACACUUUAUCCUCUAUUUGGAACUCUAUUUCUCUUCGAUGAGCAUCUGCAUCCGCAUAACUUUUAUAGUCUGUCUUGUGUGACUUUUAGGCGAUCACGGAUUGUGUUGAUUUUGUCCACUAUGACUUGCACAAUUUCAAGUCCCUCCAAUUAUCUCAACCCUUCUUCAUCCCAAUACACUAGGGACCUACACUUUGUGUGGCGGCUUAUGAAAGAUGUGUCUGCUACAGCAGGUAAUCUACUUCCAGACUCAACACCUUAUAGAAGAUUGGUUGGCAAAUUGCAGUAUCUUACUACAACAAGACCAGACAUCACUUAUGUGGUACAACAACUAUGUCAGUAUCAAAAGGAACCCACAGAUCAACAUAUUCAAGCUGUGCACCAUGUUUUCAGGUAUCUCAAAAGUAAACCAACACAAGGUCUGGUGUUCAAAACCAAUUCUUCAUUGCAACUAAAGGGGUAUUCAGAUGGUGAUUGGGAAGCUUGCCCAGAUACAAGGAAAUCACUCACUGGUUACUUCACUUUUCUUGGAGACUCACUCAUUACAUGGAAAACUAAGAAACAACAAACUGUAUCCAGGUCCUCUUCUGAGGCAGAGUACAGGUCACUUGCAAUGCUUUCAUGUGAGAUGGUGUGGUUGAAGCAGCUGCUAUUGGAAAUGGGGAUAGAUCAUACAUCACCAGCAGCUUUGUUUUGUGACAAUCAAUCUGCAAUUCACAUUGCACACAAUCCAGUAUUCCAUGAAAGGAAAAAACACAUUGAAGUGGAUUGUCACCUGAUUCGUCAGCACAUUUUGGACAAAAUUGUUACAGUCACUCACGUCAGAUCCGAGCUUCAACUUGCAGAUACUUUUACCAAGGCGUUGAGUCGACAUCGUCUUCACUUUCUUCGUGACAAGCUUGGAGUAGCAGAUGCCUAUGCUCCUCAACUCGAGGGAGGGUAAGAAGAAGAAAGGAUUGACUCGGUUUUUGGAUUCUGGUUUCACAGGUCUAACCUGGAGAACCGGUCCCUAAAUCGCUGCUUGAAUAAGCACGCUUCGACACUGUUUCUUUCUCCACGGUGUCGUUCCACUUACCAACAUACACACAACACUUGGCCGAUGUUACUUAAACAGUGUUACAGCUUCCAUAGGUCCAUUUUGAUUGUUAGUUUACUUUUACUGUUUAUUAGCCGUUGGUAGUUCAUUACAGUAGAUAGGGUUUCCUCUUUGCAGCCUAUAUAAGCUGCUUGUAAACACGUUUUCUGAAUCAUCAAUGUAACUACGCAAGUUUCUCCAAACCCUAUCCUUACUAGUUAUUAAGCUUUUUGUCGUGAACUUUGCAUUUCAUCCCUCAAUGAUGAGUAUCUACAAAUGAGAAGAACUACACCAACCCAAAAGAGGUAUUUGGACUCCAAUUAGGCAACACCGACUCUCUACAAAUGUUGGGGAUUGUUAACUCUCGUAGAGUAACUAAGUAGGCUUGGUUGAGGAAUACUCCAAAACUUCACAGGUCCUGCAGUAAAAGUCAUUGUCCGGA